CUCCCAAUACUCUCCCAUUCAGCACUCACCUGACAGAAGACUUGCCUCCAUCACAGAAGGAAAUUAACAACACACAGGCACUGCAAGAGAGGAAUUACAUUAUACAGAGAGAACAUUCAAAUCACAUUUGAAAAGAGGACAAAGUUUUGAAGAAGAAUUUGGCUGUCCACGAUGGUGUCUGCUGGGUUACAAAUUCUGGGUUCUGCCCUGGGGAUGCUGGGCUGGAUUGGAGUCAUCCUUGUGUGCGCCCUUCCCAUGUGGAAGGUCACUGCUUUUAUUGGGAGCAACAUUGUAACCGCGCAGACCGUCUGGGAAGGUAUUUGGAUGAACUGUGUGGUCCAGAGCACAGGCCAAAUGCAGUGUAAGGUCUACGACUCCAUGCUGGCCCUCAGCUCUGACCUCCAGGCUGCCCGGGCCCUGACCAUCAUUUCUAUUGUGGUGGGCAUUCUGGCUAUCCUGCUGUCUGUAGCUGGGGGGAAAUGCACCAACUGUGUGGAGGAUGAGACGUCCAAGGCCAAGGUGGGCGUUUGCUCUGGAGUUAUGUUCAUCAUAGCUGGGGUCCUCUGCCUCGUCCCUGUCUGCUGGACAGCCAACACCGUCAUCCAAGACUUCUACAACCCGCUGCUUAACGCUGCACAGAAGAGAGAGCUGGGUGCUGCGCUUUACAUUGGUUGGGGGGCGGCUGCUUUGAUGCUAAUCGGAGGGGGGAUGCUUUGCUGCAGCUGCCCCCCUAAGGAUGAAAGCGCCUACACUGCAAAGUACAAAGCUGCCAGAUCUGAUGUCUCAGCACCAAGGUCCGGGAAAUAACAUGUCUGAAACAGAUCCAGGACUCAGAUAAUAGCGUCCACAAAACAAUGUUUACUGGGACAGGUGCACUGGUGCUACUGGGUUGUGAAUGUUGAUAUUUGAAGAUGUUAGUUGACCAAAACAUAUUCCUGAGUUUUACUCCUCAGGAGAGGGAAUAAAUAGCAUGAAAGGUGCCACGCCCAAAACAGGACAUUCAACUUUAUAUGUUAACAAAUCUUCCUGUAUAUGUUUUAUCGUAAGUUGUCUAAAUAUUCUACUGCUGAAAAUGUUGUGGGUUGAUAUUAUGAACUAUGUGUUUUACUGUAAAUAAACAUUUGAAUACAAAUACGA